AUGGCCUCGGCUCAAGCCUCGACUUCGGCAACUGCCUCUAGCUCCGCCUCCUCCUCAACCUCCGCACCUUCAUUAUCCUCUCCAAUGGCACGCUCAACCCUCUCAUCCAUCCCACCACUCCUCUACGGCACAGCCUGGAAAGGCGACUACACAUCCGACCUGGUCAUUCUGGCGCUCACCCACGGUUUUCGCGGAAUCGACACCGCCGGUCAACGCAAACACUAUCGAGAAGAUCAUGUUGGUCAAGCACUCCUCACUGCAAGCACUGAGAUGGAUCUUCAACGAGACUCGCUUUGGCUCCAGACCAAAUUCACACCUCGCUCCGGUCAGGACUGGUCACAUCCGGAGUUAAUUCCAUUUGGUCAUGAUGAACCUGUAGAAGUGCAGGUGAGGAAGAGUUUCGCUGCGAGUCUAAGAAAUUUACAUCCUUGGUUGGAGUUUGAACCGCUGGAGAAAGUUGCGAAGAAGAUCGAACAGAAUUGGGAGAAAGAAGGAGAAGGUGGGGAGCUGGAUGCAGGAGUGGAGUAUGGCGAUAAGAAAGGGGAGGCUUGGGUGGAUAGCUACGUUCUUCACUCUCCCCUUACGACGCUGGAAAGGACACUGAAAGUGUGGGCAAGCAUGGAAGUUUUCGUCCAACUCGGAUUAGUGAGGGAAAUAGGCAUAAGCAACGUAUACAAUCCAGAUAUCUUCCAAGCUAUCGCCCGCACAACUCGCAUUCCACCAAGCGUCGUCCAGAAUAGAUGGCACUACACCACUGGCCACGAUGUUGCCCUCUUAUCCCUUCUCUCUCCCACCCUCUCACCAAAUUCAUACACAAAGGGGGAGAAAGGAGUGGUGUAUCAGCCAUUCUGGAGUCUUACAGGAAACCCGAACCUGUUGUCAUCGGUGGAAGUCCAGAAUCUGGCGAUAGAAAAAGGAUGGACUCCACAGCAAGUGGUAUAUGGUUUCUUGGCAAGUGGGAUGAAUAUUCCAGGGUUGAGGGUGACGGUGCUUUCGGGUGCGACGAAUGAACAGCACAUGGAAGAGGCGGUGAGAGCGGUAGAGGCUGCGGCUAAGGAGGGAACAUGGAAGGAUGGAGAGUUGGAUGUUAUCAGGAAGGUUGUCUAUGGAGAGUGA